CUCGGAUUCGGAGCGGAUCGGGUGCCGGUCGGGGGCGUGUGGCUGCGCUGCGUCUGCUAUUCUCCCGGCGAGCCCAACGACGCCAGCCACACCCCGAGCGAGCGGGGGAGAGCGGGAGCGCGUGGACGCGGCGCCCGCCUCAGCCUGAGGGAUCGAGGGGGGGCCUUCGGUCCCGCGUGGGCGCCGCCUCUCGUUCCGUUUCACAGCCGCGUCCAGGUGAGGAGUUUCGUUUCGUUCCGGCCAGCUCUUGGUCGUUUUGGCAGUUUAUCCGGUUCCUUCUUCUUGGGAUUUCAGUUUGUCCCCCCACCGUCAGUUAAUUUCGGAUUCGCUUGCGUUUUUGGUGAGACCUAAACGCCAGGGGCCCGUGAGCGUGAGGGAUGGAGCACUGCUAUUUGAGGCAGCCGCUCUCGAGGGCUGAAGCCAUGCCCGAGAGGAGGUCCAGGUUCUGGCCGAUGGAUGUGCCGCCGACGCCUCGUGCCGAGGUCAUCUGCCCUCAGCCUCGCCGCGCCACCCGGCUUCCAUUUGCUGUGGAAACCGUGAACAAAACCAGCCCCAGGACGAACAGUGCACUCCCAUUGUACAGAUCAGACUCCACUUCUGAUAUACUUGAUCUUAUCCUCAGUAAGAAUGACCCAGAUGGAGACUCGAGCAGCCAGGUGGGCUUUUUAUGUGGCUCGCCUCCAGUACGCACUAACAACCCUGUCAUUCAUGAUCCACAGUUUGGUAAAAGAGUACCAUCCUUUUCUCCUUUAGUGAGCCCCUACGGCAAAAUGCCAGCAGGAAGAGUUGAUGUAGGUUCUCCAUCUUGCGGGGCUAGCAGCAGCCCAAAAGUAAGAAUCGAAGGUUUCGCUUGUGGGAACUCAGAGACCCACUAUGCAGUUACCUUUGUUUGAGCAUUUAGUUGUUCUGUUCCUGAUUUUGCUUUCAAGACUGCCCUUCGCUCCUUGUGAAUCACAAUGGCAGUGCAGGAUAUAAGUAGUACCUUUAAGCUAGCCUGAUUAGAGUUGCCUUUGCCCUUCUGAUUGUGGCAUUUGAAGCUGCAAUGUCGCAGUGAGAUGUAAGAUGUAUAUAAACGAGUUCCCCGCAUAUGUAACCAUAUGAUGUAUGUGUCUAGUAAGCAUAGCUGGAGUUCUGGUGUUUGGUGGUGAUGAGCAUGUGAAUAGAGCGGUUUUUGCAUUUGAAAGCAAGAUCCAACAUGAAGGUUAUGAAUUUAUCU